AUGGAUGGAUAUGAUGAUCUGGAGACACUUGGAUGGGGCAUGGGAGCAGGGAAUGAUAUGAGCUAUGUGGACGUGCCCCGAAAACCGUCCGACGAUGAAAUGCAAAGCAUUCAAGAGAACUGCAACGCUGCUAUACGACAAAACAUUGGGAUCACAGUCGAGACCCCUGACAACGCCCAAAGUGACAAGUUGCCUGAUGACUAUGACAAGGAAGGAGGAGUUGUCCGUGUUGUUAAGAUCGGAAAUCUCGACGCCAACACAUGCUGCGGUACUCACCUUCGUCAAACAUCGCAUAUCUCCCUCCUCCUGUUAGGUUCUACUCAGUCCGUCCACUCCACCAAGUGUCGUCUGUUCUUCAUAGCGGGAGACCGAGCUAUCAACCUAGCCACAGCUUCUAUCCAUUCUGUCCGUUCUAUUGCGAGACUUGUGUCGUCAGCAACUACUCCUGCAGAAGUGCUCGCUAAUGUGAGUAAGGUGAAAGAGAAUGCUACGGAGUUGAAGAAGUCAGAGACGAAACUGCUCACGGACAUUGCAAAGUAUGAAUCGGAUCGUGUGAAGGCUGUUUUGAGCACCGGGAUGAAUGCAUUCGUUUAUCGUGCUGUGCAAGGAUUAGACUUCAUCAAUAUGGUUGUUGCUCAAGUCAAAGAAGCCGUUGAAGAGGGUGCAGUGCUUGUUUUGGCUUCGGGAGAGGGAACCAAAGGAGGUCAAAUCGUUAUCAUUGGGGACAAAGAUUCUGUCGAAGACUUUGCCACCAAGAUUAAGGAAGUGGUACCUGAAAUCAAAGGUGGUGGAAAGGGGGGAAGGUGGCAAGGAAAAGUGAUUGAAUGGCGGAAGGGCGAAUUGGAAGCAUUGAAGAAGCAAGCCAUCGGCUGA